UCAAAACCCAUGAAACUGUCCCUCGGAGGGCGAUUUUACCCUUUUUCCUUUUCUAUUUGUAUGUUUUCAUGGAGCUCACACUAGAAGAGAUCAGAGAUGAUAACCAUGGCGGUCGCCCUUACGGAAUCAAUCGGCUCUACGGUUUCUAAGCACUUACGGGACCGACAGUCUCCGGUCUAAGAUAUGCAAUUGACAACUGAGAGGGAGAAUUUGCGACGAAAUGGGCUUCAAUACAUCAUCGCCAAUCAAAUUCGCCUUCUUCUUCUCCCUCUCUUUAGCACUAGCUUCCCGCUCCACCUCCGACACCGCAUUCUUUCCUAACUUCUCCAUUCGGAAGCUCAAUCUCCGUCGUUUUUCUUCUUUAUUGCCGUCGCCGGAAUCGGCUGUCCCCAAGGCUACACCAUCUGACUUGCUGGCGCUAUUGGGAACAAAACAGCAGGCCUCCGCUAUUGAUGCCCGGGAGGCUCAGGAACUCCGCGCCUGCUUAAAAUUCCUCGUUCCUUUCGUUCCCAGAUACGAAUCCUCGCAAGCUUGGAGCGCGCUGGGUUUGGAAUUGAGUGGUUCCGAGGGUAGGCAAGAGGAGAAUGAGCUUGUUUGGUGGCCACCGGAGCCGGUGAUGGAGCUCGCACGCCUUGCCGUUGACUCUGGUGGUGAUCCCGGGUCUAUUCAUUGGGCACUCGAUCCUACGGUUAUCCCUGUUCCUGAUGUCGAAGGGUCAAAGAAAAAUCGGUGUGAGCUGACUAGAACUCCUUAUGGGAGACAUUUCAUAAAUGAGGAGAUAAAUUCAUACCUAAAAUUUUUGUUUGAGAUGAUUGUCAGUCGAGGCCCUGAGGUAGGACUGAAUGUGUCAUUGAAUCGAUAUGACCUCUUUCAUGGUCAUCUCUUUCUUGCCACAGACUCUCGAAGGCUUGGUAUUCUGUUUCAUGCUAAAGAAUACCUGGCAUAUGAUGAGAAAGUAUUCCCAGUCAAUAUGGGCUACUGUCAAAUAGGGUCUAAUGUGACAUAUGAUGAUUCAAUCAAUUUACGGAACAUAUUAUGGCUAGCUCCUUUACCAAGUGAAUCCACAAAGGAAUGGUUGGCACCAGGAGUCCUUGUAGUCUUGGAUGCACAUCCGGAUGGUGUCAUAUAUCGGGACCUCAUACCAGAGUACGUCAAUUUUGUGAGGACCCUUUAUGAAGAUGAUUUUGGGCAGGCUGUAGUUGAUGUUAACUACUUAAAUGUGGGAAUUGAAGCUCCCGAGUUUCAGCUUUUCAUUUGCUGACACAUUCUGGAGCUCCAUUAUUUUUUCAUAUUUGAUGCCGUGGUGCUUGAAUGGAUGAUUCCAGAAAGAAGACAUAUUAAUUCUCUUGAACAGUGAAAUCUUCAGUUUCUUUAUUGCUAAUAAUGCACAAACAGCUGUCUGUUGAAAAGAAAAAGAUUAAGCCAAACUUGAAUUUCUUGCUGCAAAGGUACUCAGCCUGUGCCCUGUGGGAUUAGUGAAUAUCAUACAUUAUUUUUGCUUUGUUGGUACAAGAAUAUCAUACAUUCAUACUUUUUUAGUCAACUUGAAAUUCCAUUGCCAAUUAAGCUUUUAUUUUUGUAUAUUUUUAUAUAUUCUUUUCACAAGAAAAUUGUCCUUGAUUCUUCAACUCUCAAUGGUGUAGUAGUGGAAUUUGAUACUUUGAUAACAUCCAAA